AUGAAGACCUCAGAGGCCCACAUUUUGAGGGCAAGCGUGCCGUCGGAGUUUGCCCGUUUUGAAAUCGAGUUGACACAUGAGCCUCAGCUCGCCCACUACAUCGACCCAGCAACCGGUGCCGAGAAACCCACCAAAUCGCACCCCCUGCAAAGUCUUUGCGUGGCCGGCCGCGUUCAUGUCCACUUGAAGAAGCAAGUUAAAGCACAAGCAUUAGGCAUCCGCUUCUUCGGAAUCGAAGAGGAUGAAGCUCAUUUCAACGAUGAAACAUACAUGGGCGGGUACAACACAAACCGAAGUGCCCUUCCGGACGAAUCCAAGACGUUCUGGGAGGGAAAGGUCCUCGAUCCGGGCGAAUACGUCUACGAUUUUGAAUUUGCUUUCAAGCCACAAGCUCCCGCGACCUUCAGAGCGUCCUACUGUCGCCUGUUGUACAAGCUGCACGCUGUUGUCACUCCAGGCAAGAACUGGAUGGGCAUCCGACCUCCGAACAUAGUCUGCGAAAAGAUCGUCUGGCUGAAGAAACUCAUGAUCGCCCCUCCGCCCGCCGCGUUCCCAAAGGUGUUCCCGGACGAACCGCACAACGUUGAAACACUUCCCGGCCUGACGAACGAGCAGACCACGGUCGCCGAUAUCGGUGCCGCACAUCUGACCUUGACGACCGCGAAACGGAUCAUAUUCGACAAGGAGGGCGACACCAAGCCCGGCCACCUCGAGCUGCAACUCAACGUCGUUCCGAAGCCUGGCAUCGCCACACCGCCCACCGUUGCCAUGCAAUCGGUAGAAUUCGGCUUCCGCGAGUUCCUGGCGUCGAACUACACCAUGACCAAAACAGAGGCCAUGGUUUCAUUUGCCUUGUCUUUGGGCCUCCCAGGGCCGGGCUCAACCAUAUCCUCCACCGCUGGGGUAGGUGCUGGGUUAGGCGGCGAUGCUGGCGGCGACCUGAGAUACAUCUCCGGGCCACAAAAGUACCAACUGGGAACCCAAGCACGGGUCACCGAACCCAGCGUUUUCCUCCUUCAAUUCGUGAAGCCGCAGCAGUGGCACGAUGAUGUCCUAGGGCGAAGAACCUCGUGCAUGCACUAUGUAGAGGGCAAAGUGUCGUUGACCAUUGACGGGAAGAAGGAAAAGGUCAAAUUUCGCAUGCCUAUCAGCGUGCAUGGGAGUCCGUCAGUAUGGCAAGACUUUGGCGCAGACUUUACCGGCUUGGCGUUGGACGAAGGAGCUCCCAGCCCCAAGAGUUCCCGCACUGAUGCUCCGGCAUAUUCUCCUUAA